AUGGGAACAUCAACAAGUAAACUUGAUGAUAAAGUUUAUGAAUCAAUUGCUAAAUAUACCGAAUUAACACGUGAUGAUAUUUUAGCAUGGGAAGAACGUUUUACUCAUCAGUGUGAUCCAGGUUCAACAACAAUGACUAUGGAACAAUUUUGUAAAUUCUAUCAAGAACUUCGACCAACAGAAAAUGUUAAACGUUUAAGCGAAAAUGUUUUUCGUGCAUUUGAUUUAAAUGGUGAUCAUGGUAUAAGUUUUUCUGAAUUUCUUAUUGCAUAUGUAGCAACAACAGAAGCACCAUUGGAACAAAAACUUCGAUAUGCAUUCAAUGUUUAUGAUUUAGAUCAUAAUUGUAUGAUUGAUCGUGCUGAAAUUUUAUUUAUUUUACGUGCAAUGUUUCAAUUAUUAGGAAUGAAUGAUGAUAAUUCACAUAAAUAUUCAUACGAGCAAUGUGCUGAUACAAUCAUGAAAAAUCUUGAUGUCAAUGAAGAUCAACGUAUAUCACAGGAAGAAUUUAUUCAAGGUUUAAAACAAGAUCCAUUUUUACGAAGUCUUAUGAAUCCAUUUCAAAAUGAUUAA